UAUACUUUUGCAUUACGAUAUUCUAGCCAUUAUAUUUUAAUGCUCGCUGUAUUCACCUUAAAAUAUAUAAUAAAUUAUGUAUUCACACGUAUUCUUGUGCAACAGUGCGAAGUGCACGAACUGUCAGACGUAUACGUAUGGGGUAAACAUUUCUUGGACAUAGCCGACGCCAAAAAAAAAACGAGAUUCGAACCGAGAAAAUAUGAAUCGCAAUGCACGGUGAAAACGCAGAAAGUUAUGGGUCUUUUGUCUUCGAAUUGGAUCAAAAAUUGUUUUACGCCACAGUUUGAAGCAGUACAGACGGUAAGGACCUACAAACAUUGUGUUAUAUCGGCGGUGUGCCAUCACAUAAUCGACUGGUGUCGGGGAACGGGUGACAGGACAGUGUGCAUGAUGAUUGUUGUACAUCGACCAGGACACAUCAACGACGGCGUUUUCUCGUCAUACCCGGUGGUCAUCAGCGAGUCCGGAAAAAUGUCAUUCCGCAACAUUGAACCGAAUUCACAACAAUUUGUAAAAUUGUACAGAUAUCUGGAAACUCGACAAAAAGAAAGGUGCUUUAUUCGCAACUACAUCAAGUACCUACAAGGGUUGAAAAACUACCUACCGUUAAAACCACAUAAUGUGUAAAUACGACCCAUAUUGUAAUCUCGCGUAUUGUUCGUUAUAAUCGUAAAUAUAUUGUUUGGACUUUUGACGAAAAAAAAAAGAUAAAAUAUACAUAAUAUAUAGGACGUUGAAUGAAAAAUACGAUAAUAUAAAAAAAAAGUUUCACAUUGCUUUAAAUCCAAAAAUAGAUAAAGAUGAAUCUUAAAGAUCCCCACAUAAACUUCGUUCUAAAAACUGUUUUCAAUCCUUUGACAGUUUUUUGCAAAAUUGUUACUCGACGGUGCCGUAAAUUAUGUAGCUUAGUCUGGAAAUUCGCUCGGAAAUCUUUCCAGUACAAAAUUGAAUAAAAGUAAAAUUUCUAUUGAAAGGCAAUCAACAAGUAUGCCACCAAUACCUAAGUUCGAAAAAAGUAACAUUUUCUAAAUUCUUUUCCUAUCAACGUGUAGAUCCCCAUUUAAAUAAAUAUUAUAGCACUGCAGUUUGAGACGUAAAAAUAAGUUGCUUUUAAAAAAUUAAGUAGGUAACAUAAACGUUGAUCUAAAAACGGUUUUAAAUCCCUUUGACAGUUAAAACUAACAUAUUUGAAAAUUAAUUGUACAAAACUAUCACAUUUAAACAAAAUUAAAAAAUAUAAUAUAUUUUUAUCUAUACAUACCUAAGCGUUUAUUAUAUAAGUAUAUUGUAUAUAUUAUAUUAUACGGUUAUUACCGCGGCGCGGCAUGGCCUCCUGGAAGUUGCAACUGCAACCCUGGUAUUACGACCUACACAGUAAAGUCCACCACUGAGUAGUCGUCGCAUAACUUAAUAAGUAUAGGUUACACACUUACACAUAAUACAUUUCAUUUAGAAUAUUAUACAAAAUAUAAUAUACAUACGAUACACAACCCAAUCGUAAAGAGAGAAUCUUAUACA